CAGCGCGGUGAGUUCUGGACUGGUCCCAGUAACCCCAAACUGGGACCAGUGACCCCAAACUGGUCCCGACCCUCCCGGAACUGAAUCCAGCCUCUCCUCCCCACCCCCCGUACUGGUCCCAGCAUGGCGGACUGGUCCCAGCUCCGCUCCGGCCCCAGUGACCCCCAGAAUCCUCCCAGUGACCCCCAGUAUCCCCCAGCACCCUCCCAUUACACCCCUCUGACCCCUCCCCGUCACCCCCAGUAGCUCCCAGUACCUUCCCAGUCCCUCCAAUCCCCUCUACCAGUGCCCCCAGUCCCCCUCCCAGUGCCCCCCUGACCCUUCCCAGUCCCCCCAGUCUCUCCCAGUCUCCCCAGUCCCCCUCCAUGGGCCGGGGCUGGUUUUUGGGGGGCUGCGCGUGGCUGCUGGGGGGUCUCGCUCUGCUCCAGACCCUUUACCUGCGGGCGCUGCCCCCCCCGCGCCCCCCGCCCGCCGCCCCCCCCCGGCCCCGCCGCCCCCCCCGGGGAGUUCUGGACGCUUCGGGGACGUUCCGGGUGUACUGGGAUGUACUGGGAGCCCCCCCGGGCUGGGCCCGCGCCCCCCGGCCCGAGCUGGUCCUGGCCACCCACGGCAGCCCCGGGCGAGCGGCGGCGGCGCUGGGGGGGCCCUGGGGGGGGCCGCUGUCCGUGGCCGUUUUUGGGGUGCCCCGGGAGGGGCUGGAGGAGCUGAUGGCGAUUUUGGGGGGGCCCUGCCGGGGUUUGCGGGGCCGCCUGAGGCUGCACGUGGUGCUGGGGGCGGCGGAACCCCCCCCAAAAAUGCCGGACUCGCUGCGAGCACCUCAGAAUUCCGGGGGGUGCCGGGGGGCUCUGGAGGGGCUGGCGGCCGCCGACCCCCCCAGUUACAGUUUGGGGGUCCCGUACCCCGGGAAUCUGCUCAGGAACGUGGCCUGGGAGGGGGCGCGUUUUGUGCUCAUGGUGGACGCGGACGUGGUGCCGAGCUCGGGGCUGCGCGAGGGGUUCCUGGAGCUGCUGCGGGACGGGGGGCUGCACCCCAAAAACUGGGGGGGACGGGGGGAGCUGAACCCUAAAGACUGGGGAGGACAUGGGGAGAUGGAAGAUCCCAAAGCUCCGGGGGCUCAGAGGGAUUUGGGGAACCCCAAAACUUUGAAUAUUCAGGGGAGUUUGGGGUUUCGAGGGGAUUUGGGGGACCCAAAAAGCGUGGGGUCUCCUGGUGGCCUGAGGGUCACCAAUGCCUUGGAGGUCCCUGGGGUCCCCAAGGUCCUGGAGAUCCCCAAAAAUUUGGGGGGCUCCAAUGGUUUGAGUGACCCUGGAGUCCCCGACGCUGGGGGGGUCCCCAAGGGUCUCCAGGACCUGAGUGACCCCAAUGGUGUGAGUGACCCCAAUGGUGUGAGUGACCCCAAUGGUGUGAGUGACCCCCGCUCCCCCGAGCCCCCCUGGGCCCGGCUGCUCUUUGUCCUGCCGGCCUUCGAGGUGCGCUCGGGGCUGCGUCUGCCGGGCACCAAGGCGGAGCUGCUGCGCUUUUGGGGCGCGGGGGACGCGCGGCCGUUCUACGGGACGCUGUGUCCCCGCUGCCAGGCCCCCACGGAUUUCGGGCGCUGGCGGGCGCUGCCCCCGCCCCCCCGGCUGCGCGUGGCCUAUGAGGUGCCAUGGAGGGACCCCUGGGAGCCAUUUUUUGUGGCCCCCGCUCGCGGCGUCCCCCCCUUCGACGAGAGGUUCCUCCAGUACGGAUUCAACCGCAUCAGCCAGGCCUGCGAGCUGCACAUGGCCGGGUUCCGCUUCGCGGUGCUGGACGGGGCCUUCGUCACCCACCGGGGCUUCAAGGAGCCCGGGGGGUUCCACGGGGGCCGCGAGGCCGAGCUGGGCUUCAACCGCCGCCUCUUCCGCCGCUUCCGCGAGGAGCUGAGGCUGCGCUACCCGGGAUCGGCCCGGCGCUGCUGAGCGCCUGAGACACCUGGAGACACCUGGGGACACCUGGGAACCUUCCAAUGGACGCUUGAAGGACCUGGCGUGAACACCUGGGGACACCUGAUGCAGCAGGGGAGCCCGCCUGGGACGGCUGGGGACACCUGGGACACCUUGAGGACCCUCCAAUGGACAUUUGGGGACACCUGGGACACCUUGAGGACCCUCCAUGGACACCUGGAUGCCCCCUGAACAUGGAGGUGACCGUCCCUCAGUAAAGAUGGCCGCCUACCCAUGAUGCCUAUGUGUGGGUGAUGGCAUGGGGGUCGGGCGGGGCAGGGGGAGCAGCUGCCUCCAGUGCAGACCAGUAAUGCCCAGUACACACCAGUAACGUCCAGGGCAUGAAGCAGAGACCCCCCCCCGGUUGUUUAUCGUAGCAAACUACAGCUCCCAGCAUGCACCGGGCACACACAUGGCUAAGUCCCCUCCCCCUCAUUUAAAAAAACCCCACAACUCCCAGAGUGCAUCAGGCCGCCGAGGCACAUCCGGUUUUGCCUUCAAUUUAGAACUACAGUUCCCAUAAUUCAUUGCGACACGUAACCGGAAGUCUUGGUUGAUUCCAGAACUACAAUUCCCAUCAUGCACCGUUGAAAAAAAAAAAACAAACCCCAUGACCGACUUCCGGUCCAGUUUCGGUGGUUCCGGUGUCGGCGCUCCGUAAAAGUGUGGGGGAGGGGCAGC